AUGACCAAAACGAUGCCAUUGAUUUUCCACUCCCUUCUAGCAUCCAUGUUGCUAUUUGGUUGCAUCGAAGCAAUUCAACAAGCUUCGUGGCCCUUGACCGGUUCUUCUCACCGAACCGGCGAAGGAUCGACGAAUUCCAUUAGUCCUCCUAUUCAAUAUCGUUACCCAUUUUUAUUCUUGGUGAAAAUUGGCAUCGGAACAUUCGAUGCAACGUCAUCAUCUCCUAACGCUAAAACUUUCAAAUCACUUAAUUUUCACCUUGACACUGGUAGUGAUAUUUCAUGGAUCCAAUCUGAGGGUUGCAAGAAAGAAGGCAACACGUGCUUCCCUCAGAAAGAUCCUCUCUAUCCUAACACUCGGUCCACAUCUUACAAGCCUAUACCUUGCAACCAACACUCAUUCUGCCAGCCAAACCAUUGCGGCGGCGACGGCUCAUGCACCUUCAACAGGACCCUAGGUCCAGGCUCCUACACAAGUGGAACUCUAGGAACUGAAACUCUCACUUUAUCUUCUAGCAAUGGCAAGUUGGAGGCUCUUAAGGACAUUAUUUUGGGCUUUAGUACUGAUACUAGGAACAGCAAGUAUGCCCUUCUUACUACCAUGAAUAUUUCAAAUCCAGUGAGUGGAGUUUUAGGUCUAGGAAGGGGUCCUCAAUCCUUUUUAGCACAAAUAGACUCCUUGAGUGAUGGAAAAUUCUCAUAUUGCAUCAAAGAAAAUAACACCCAAAAUACCUAUUUAAGGUUUGGUAAAGAUGUGAGGCCACCAAAAAAUCCACAAACUACUAAACUAGUACAGGCCAAAACCUCCCCAGCUUAUUAUGUGAAUUUGCUUGGCAUUAGUGUUAAUGGGGUUAAGCUCAACAUCUCGAAAACCGAUUUCGAUUUGAAAAGUGAUGGUUCUGGUGGAUGUGUUCUAGACUCUGGUACCAUGGUCUCAUUGCUGGUUAUGCCUGCUUUUGAUACACUGCAUAAAGCCUUGGAAAGUAAUUUGUCAAGCAAUCCACACCUGAAGAGGGUUAUCAUCCAUCCGAAGCACAAGGAUCUCUGCUAUAAAGAGCUGUCCCCAGAAGGCCGAAAGCAAAUUCCUACAGUCAAAUUCCACCUGGAAAAUGCUGACCUUGAAAUUAGCCCUGGUUCAUUGUUUUUAUCUGGAAUAGUUCCAUCAGGGGAUAACAUUAUCUGCUUGGCUAUUCUUGGGACUCCAUCUCGGAAUGCGAUUGGUGCAUUUCAACAGAAGGAUCACAAGUUUGUUUAUGACACUAAAGCUCAAGUGUUGAGUUUUGGUCCUGAAGAUUGCAACCAAGAUUCUUAG